CAAGCCAAGACCUUUCCAUGUCAUCUAUGUACACGGAUAUUUUCUCGUAAGCAUGAUUUACAGCGACAUAUUCGGGUACAUACGGGAUCCAAGCCAUAUGUUUGCAUGAGCUGUCAGAAGGCAUUUGCGAGGACAGAUGCGUUGUGUCGGCAU